AUGGAUUCAUAUCAACACCAAUAUGAUUUUUCAGUUCAUCAAGCAGUUAAAAAAUGGCGAACAUUAACUGCAAAUGAUGGUAUUCUUCUUGAACAAGAAUUUAAUACCCUUCGAAAUAUGGAUCAAAACCGUAUAACUAUUGCAACAAAUCCAGUUAAUAAAUCUAAAAAUCGUUAUCCAUUAGUCUAUCCAUGUCAAAUCAUAGAAAUAUUUUUAUCUAUUAUUUAUAUUUAUUAUUUAAAUUUAGAUGAUGAAGACUUUUGUCGAGUUUCUUUGAAGAAGAAAAUCGAUAAUCAAUCAAACGAUAAUUCUGAUUAUAUUAAUGCGUCAAUUAUACGUUGUAUUCCACCAGAUCAAAUAACUACAACACCUAUUUCAAGAAUCAUUUAUGCAGCUCAAGGACCUACUGAACAAACUAUUGAUGACUUUAUACAAAUGAUUAUUGAGCAACAAAUAACAGUGAUUGUUAUGCUCUCGUUUAGUUACGAUCCGAUAACAUGUACUUAUGCACAAGAACAUGCCGCAUAUUUUUCUGAAAAAGUAAAUGCUGUUAUUGAAACAAAAUUUUAUAAAAUUCGUACAACAGCUAUUAUUCCAGCAUAUCGUUAUAUUGGUCGACGUUUACGUAUUAAAUCAAAGUUAACAGAUUCUGUAUACAAUUGUGAACAAUAUCAUUAUCCUCAUUUUAUUGAUAAAAGUAUACCUGUUGAUUGUCAUUCAAUAAUUAGUCUCGUUAUGAGAUUACUUGAACCAAAUAAUCAAAAUUGUCGUAUACUUGUUCAUUGCAGUGCUGGGAUUGGUCGAACAGGUGUAUUUAUUGCAGUUUAUUAUUUAAUUGAAGCUUUUGCACAUCGUUAUGUACUAAAUGUUAAACAAUUAGUUGAUACAAUUCGUUUUUAUCGAGCACAUCUUGUUCAAACAGUUGAACAAUAUGAAUUUAUCUAUCGAUGUUUAGCUGAAGUUGCUAUUCAUCCAUGUGAUGGUCGAUCAUUAGAUAAAUUUAUUGAAUAUUGUAAUAAUCUAUUACCAACAGCACGCUUAGAAGAUAGUACAAUUUAUUAUAAUUUUAAGAAUCGUACAACUAGUAUUGAACCAGACACAUAUUUAACAACAAUUAUGGCUCAACAACAUUCGAAUUAUAAUCGAAAUCAAUUAUUUAUUCCUUAUGAUUAUAAUCGCGUUAUACUUCAUUCACCAAGUGAAUCAAUGUAUAUCAAUGCAACACGUGUUACAAAUAUAAUCAGACCAAAUGGAACAAUUUUAACUCAAGAACCAAUGAAAUCUACUCUACAACCAUUCUUUUCUAUGCUUCUACAAGAAUAUAAAACUUUUGUUGUUGCUGUUGAACAGAUGGAAAAAUCAAAUUAUACCGAAUCACAAUUUAUUAGUCAAAAUGAAAUAAAAGUAGAUAGCCUAUCUGUUAAUCCAUCAAAAAAUAAAUUUGGUGAUUAUUAUCGAUCACAUAAAAUAAAAGUAAAAUAUAGUGAUAUACGUGAAUCUGAUGUACUCAUUUUUGAAUAUACUGGCGAAUGGACAAGUGAUGGUACAUGUUUACCUAAUAAUCUUGAACAAUUUGUUCGUUUUGUUGAUCGAUCAAUUUAUCAUCAACGUAAGAUUGAUCUAAAUCGAUGUGGUCUUGUUGUUCAUGAUCGUGGUGGUGGUACAAAAGCAGCAUUUUAUUGUAUAGUACAAAAUUUAUUCGAUCGUUUAUUAAUUGAUGGUCGUGUAGCAAUUGAAAAUUUUGUUACUUUCAUUUGCCAACAACGAAUAAAUGCUUUAGUAUCAUUGGAACAAUAUAUUGCUCUCCAUCAAAUUGUCUGUAUUUGGCAUAAUUUAAAGCGUCGAGGAGCAUUGGAAUGUACUGUUAAUAUUUGA